AUGUUUGCUGUUAGGAACAGCACUUUUGGCCUCGAAUGCCGUCAGAAGCAGCCACGACUGAAGCAGCCACGACUGAAGCAGCCACGACUGAAGCAGCCACGACUGAAGCAGCCACGACUGAAGCAGCCACGACUGAAGCAGCCACGACUGAAGCAAGCCACGACUGAAGCAGCCACGACUGAAGCAGCCACGACUGAAACAGCCACGACUGAAGCAACCACGACUGAAGCAGCCACGACUGAAGCAGCCACGACUGAAGCAGCCACGACUGAAGCAGCCACGACUGAAGCAGCCACGACUGAAGCAGCCACGACUGAAGCAGCCACGACUGAAGCAGCCACGACUGAAGCAGCCACGACUGAAGCAGCCACGACUGAAGCAACCACGACUGAAGCAGCCACGACUGAAGCAGCCACGACUGAAGCAGCCACGACUGAAGCAGCCACGACUGAAGCAGCCACGACUGAAGCAGCCACGACUGAAGCAGCCACGACUGAAGCAGCCACGACUGAAACAACCACGACUGAAGCAGCCACGACUGAAGCAGCCACGACUGAAGCAGCCACGACUGAAGCAGCCACGACUGAAGCAGCCACGACUGAAGCAGCCACGACUGAAGCAGCCACGACUGAGCCAGACUGA